AUGGGAGCAAGAGCUGGAGGUGUUGUGCUGAUCCCCACAGGCUUCUUCUUCCGUUUAGCCAACAAGUUUCCUGCCAAGAACAGCCAAGCCCAGGUGACUGUGAGCCUGGGGCAGUGCAGGAGCAGUAUAAAAGCAGGACCUUCUCUUCACUCUCUCAUCCACUCUUUUCAGCUCCAUCUCACUGGGAACAAGGUGCAUCUCCAGCCCCAAGCCAUGUCCUGCUACACCCCGUGCCGGCCCUGCCAGCCCUGCGGCCCCACCCCGCUGGCCAACAGCUGCAAUGAGCCCUGUGUCAGGCAGUGCCAGGACUCCACUGUCAUCAUUGAACCCUCGCCCGUGCUGGUCACUCUGCCCGGCCCCAUCCUCAGCUCCUUCCCACAGAACACCGCCGUGGGAUCCUCCACCUCUGCUGCCGUUGGCAGCAUCCUCAGCUCUCAGGGAGUGCCCAUCAGCUCUGGGGGCUUUGGCCUCUCAGGCUUGGGCAGUGGCCUCUGUGGCACCAGGUGCCUCCCCUGCUAGAGCUGCUGGCCAUGGCCCUGGGCAAGGAAGCCAGGGACUGCCAGGAUGGAAGCGCCCUGGGGACGCAGCAUCGGCUCUUUGCUUCCCCAGGGGCUGAGCAACCCCAGCAGCUCCUGCAGCAGGAUGGGGCCAGCCUGGGCCCUUGGCAAGCACAGCCCA